GAAAACAUGAUUAACAUUUCUUUAUAGCCUGCACAGAAGGGUUUUAUGGAAUAAUGUGUAAGGAUCAAUGUAGUUCCAAUUGCCUAAACGCAUUAGAUUGUGACCACGUGACCGGUGCCUGUAAUGGCGGAUGCUUGGCCGGAUGGACAGGACCAAGAUGCGACAGAAAAUGUGAUGACAAAUCGUUCGGAGAGGCGUGCCGGAAGGAGUGUGGGAGUUGCUAUGACGACACUUCCUGUGACCACAUCACGGGGGAAUGUCCGGGGGAAUGUAAAGAUGGAUGGUUGGGCAACUUUUGCAAUAAAACUUGCGCAGAAAACUACUUUGGAUCGAAGUGUCAACAACAGUGUGGAAAUUGCAAAAAUGGUGACGUAUGUAACCACGUGACCGGACUUUGUCCUACAGGAUGCGCAGAGGGCUGGAUAGGAAGUCGAUGCAAUAUUGCCUGCCAAUUUGGAUAUUACGGCCAGGGUUGUAAAGAGAUGUGCAGUGAACAUUGUCGCCAUGCCAACGACUGCGAUCACGUGACAGGAGUUUGUUCUAAUGGAUGUUUUGACGGUUGGCUUGGAAAAUACUGCGAUCAAAGGUGUGGAGAGGGGAGGUUCGGACCCCAGUGCUCCUUCCUCUGUGGUCACUGUUUAGGAGGGGUGGUGUGUGACCAUGUCAACGGGAGCUGUCCAGCGGGGUGUUCUAGAGGCUGGCACGGCAGAUACUGUAAUCAAACCUGUGAUGACGGUUAUUUUGGAGAGAUGUGUAUCAAGGAAUGCGGCGUUCACUGUCUAAUGACCAACAGGUGUAAUAAAUCCUCGGGGGUCUGUAUAGGAGGGUGUAAGGCAGGCUGGACAGGAGAGUUCUGUGACAGUCCAUGCCCUGCUGGAACUUAUGGUUUCCAGUGCCUAUAUAACUGCAGCGAAAAUUGCUUAAACAUUUCGACUUGCAACAACGUCAACGGUUCUUGCGAUGGAGCAUGCGCAACUGGAUGGGGUGGAGAUUUAUGUAAUCUAGAAUUGAAUGGUACACGAGUUUCGGUUUCUGCUAGCCUGGUUUUGGGGGUAGGGAUUGGCGGAGGUCUGGUAUUUCUUCUUGCAGACAUCGUUAUUGUAAUAUUGAUAGCCAGACACACAAGUAGGUCAAGGUUAAAAGUCGGAGGUCAAGGUCGCCGGCUGAGCGUUCUAAGUGUCAACUAUUACGCCGAUGUCCACAGCAGUAACCACCAAACAAACAGACAGGAAGACACCCAAAAUGAACUUGAAGAAACAAUAUCUCUUCCAAGAGUACCAUACCAAAAUCAGAAUCUCAAGUCCUAUCAAGAGAACAGAGGUUAUGUUACCAAAGAUGAUAGAUAUAUCAGCUCCUGGGAAUAAACGAAGUUUUAAAGAGAACUUAUUAUUUCUUUCUGGUUAUAGCUCGGGAUUCGUUACAUGAUAAAGCAUCAUCAUAUCUAAAUUGAUUUUGAAUUUGGCGUCAUAGCACAUGUAUACAAUUAGUAAAACACAAAAAUAAAU